AUGAAAUCAGGGUACUUGAGUCUCAAAUUAGGCUUCUUGAGUAAAACUGGAGGUUGCAAAUUUUUUGAAUGGGAGGAACCUCCAAUGUGUCGUCGGUCAAUGGCUAUAAUUCCAGGAUUAAUACGUAAAGUGAAUGUCAUGGAAGCUGAAAAUGAAAAAUUGAAGAAGAGGCUUGAAAUGAUGAAGAGAACCUGCAUUGUUAUGGUUGUGGCUUUUGUUGUGUUUCAGCUCCUUUCCUGCUUCAUGAAAGGAUGGAGAGAACCUGCAUUCCUAUGGAUUAGAAUUCUUUUGACGGAAGUUGCAACAAUUGGUUAUGUCUAA